AAAUCAUUAGUCCCUGCCGGGCCACCACUACCUCCCCCAUGCUAUAAGAUCACUACCAGCACCGGUAUUGUACCAACAAGUCUCUCGAAUCAUCUGCGGGAAUUUUGAACGUUAUAAGUGGUUCAUUUUCGCGAGAGAUUAGGAAGGAACCUGCCAGUGCACCUGUACUACUUCUGGUCCUCUAGCCGUCUGUUUGCUUUUCUCAUUCGUAUUUAUUCGGCUUGACCACCUCGCUUGCUUCCUAUACCAAGAGCGGGCACGAUCCAGGAUGGCCAAAUCAACGAAAACACCCAAAGGUCAACCGACGCGCAAGCACAAGAAGCGGCGUCUCUCCCCAAAGGAUCACUUCGCCCGUCUCAUGAAGGAAUCAGUGGAAGUUGCCCCCGAAGAAGCUGCUUCUACUGAGUCCUCAUCUGCUGCAUCUACUUCAACCACUCAGACUGCUCCCGCUCCCAACUACUCUAAUAUCCUUCUCAUUGAGAAAUUUCAGGAUGCUCUCGAUACUCGGACGGCUGUAUGCCGCCGCCUCGAAAUCCUCGUACGGAGCUCAACUUUGUACACCCCAUCAGCACAAGCUCGUUUGAUCAAGUGCUUACGGGAUGACUACAUCCGGGGGGACAGAACGAGGAAGGCCAUUGACAAUCUGCGACAUUCUGAUUUCAUCAGCGCUACAAGCAUGGCAAAUCAGGAUGCAGAAUUCAUUACGAAAGAGGUUAUGGAGAGCACGAGAUUGUUUUUCGAGGGAAGUAAGGAACUACAGGAAAUAGGGGAUCAAAUUGCAACACAGUUCUCAUAGUAUUA